CACGCUUAUCGCCUGCACCUACCCCAGAAAAAGUCCCAGUAUCCCCCAUUUGAUUUUACUUGUUUCGUGAUUUUUAUAAAUUCCAAAAAUCAACAAAAAGGCAAAGAAAAUUUUGAUUAAAAUUCUCAUCACCGAUUGAACAUGGUGUGUAAGUGACAGUGUGGCUCCUGGCGGGGUUAGUGGGUGUUGUGUCUCCUGGCCUCAAAUCUUUUUUUCCUGAAAGAUAAAAGAAGAAGAAUUAAAAAAAACGAUGAUUGGAUCGGUUGACGUCGGGCGUGAUGAGUUCUCGGCUCUGAUCUCACCCGACAGCCCCGUGAUAACAAUAAGUUGAUGCUCUUCUUGUCGUGUGCAACAGCGAAAAAGGGGGGCGCGCGAUAGUUUAGUGGUGUUGACAACAACAAAACGGAACGCGUUGUGUGUGUGUGGGGCGCAUAGCUGUGUGUGUGUGAUUUCAUCUGAGAAUAACACAUCAGUUCGAGUGGAAAACGACAAGAAUUUAAUUAUUUUUUGGGUUUUUUUUCAAAUUAAAAAAAAAAACACUGUUUUCUUUGCGUCGAUCUAGUGUGAUGAUGGCCGCACCGUAAUUACAUCGUGAUUUUUUUUUCUACACUCAACUGGAACGAAAUUCCGCACGGGAAACACAACAUAAAUUGUAGGUACGGAAGAAGCGAAAGAAUUUUUUUUUUUCAAAGGAGAGAGAAAAUGCCGCAGUUGUGGAAAACGGGUCGACCGACCGCGUCGGGAUCGAGCGCCCAACAAGGAUCGUCGGCCAAUCCGCCGGCCAAAGGAUUCUUCAUCUGCCCACCUAAGCUGGUUUUAGGAGAAGGAGAGCCACCACCAACACCAUCGUCGGCCAACAACACAACAACCAGCAACGGACUAUUUGGUUCCCUAUCGUCGCCGCCGUCGUCGCCCACAUCGCCCACCAGUCACCAACAUCCCCCCAAAUACGACCAGCUCCUCAAUGAAUUACGACGGGCCCAGGAGCGAAGGGGUCGGUUGCAAAGUGAUGUGGGCGUGCCCGGCCAGCCACCGCUCCAGCCGGCUGCCGCGACGGCAUCGACAGCUUCGACGGUCCUUUUGAAAAAUCCACCGGCAGAGGCGAUGCUCCAACUGAGACGGACGCUGAGAUCACCAGAGCCGCCGCCUAGUGGAGCCUAUGUGAAUCAUUUCAAUAGCAGCGGAGCAUUAGGUCAACGUUUCGAUCCGGUGGGAUCGAAAUCACCGCGGAUGACAAACAAAACGACGCCUAAAAAAGUCCGCUUCCUGGAAGACGGAACGGGUAAUUUGCAUACGAGCGUUUUCGGCGGAUCGGCUGAAUCCAUCGGCUCCUUGCUGGAUUCUCACUCGCAAGAACUGAAUCAAUCCGGCGGAACGGACGACAUCGACAGUUUGAUUUCGUCGCUCAUCAGCUACUCGGAUGCGACGGAUCACCGGCUGACUCCGCCGGAUCACAAAGUUGAAACCGCCGCCACAACGACAAACGGAACGACGACGACGACGAAAAACGACGGGGAGCACGUCGAUCUUAGGGAACUGCGGAUUGUGGAUGACGGCCAACAGCAGCAGGCGACAAUGCAUCACACCCGCUCCGGAGUGUUGGACAAUUUCAUCGACAUCUUCCGCUGUGGAAACGGAACUGCAGAAGUCGUCGAUCAAAGGCAAACGGUCGUCCAUCUCGAGCCCGACGAUCCCAAUUCCGUCGAUUCUGGCAGCGUUCUUUCCGAGCUGGACUUUGAAGAGACAUCGUCUACCAUCACCGACAUUGAUUCCACCAAGACCUUCAGUCUGCACAGCCCGGAUAAUCGUGUGGAUCAUCGGAUCGACGACUGGUCGCAAGUGAGCGAUUUGCUGGAGCGGAGUUUGCAGGAGAUCCGUCAGAUGGAAGAGGACACCAACAAAUCGCAUCCGGUGGAAAACAGCAAACCGGCCGCCGAGGUGAGUAAACGGGAGCCGCUGUACGAAUUGAUUGGCUGGAAGAGGAAUCCUCCUUUGGUCCAGCUGGAUCUGCGCGGUUCCAAGCCAUUCCCUCUUCCAUCCGCGUCCGCACAGCAGCCGGAAACGAUUUCGCCACCGCGAUCGCCCUCGCCAUUGCCCCCUCCCACACCUCCGCCUCCGGUUGUCGAGAUGGACGUGUGGAUUCCUCGACAGGAUUGGGUGCCUCCGGCUGCCCCAACUCCAGCCCCUAUGGUCAAGCAGGCCGACAAAGUCUGGAUCCGCCGGCCGACUCUUUCGAUGGCCAACAAUAGUCACAACAACAACAAUAACGUCAACAACGUCAACAACAAUCCAGCUGUCCGGAUUAAAAAUCCAAUGGAAGAGAGUAACCCGAUUUACGGUCGGCUGUGGGAAACGUCCAGUUCGCCCAACAACAGCAGCCGGAGCAGCAACUGCAGCGCGGAAGCCGAAGAAAAGCCAUCGCCAUCCAGCACGGAAGCGGAAUUGACGGCUAUUCGGUCGAUGGCCAGAAAAGCUCGGCUGGAGCAUUGGCGGAUGACUGGAAUGUCCAGCACUUCACCGGAGGAAGCGACGGAAGAAGGGGGAAACCCGUCAGUAGCAGUUGAACAAGCCUCGUCGGUAUCUUCCGCUUCUUCCAGCCCGGCGUAUUUAAGUUCCCUUCCGCUAUUUAAUCACCGCGCUAUUAAAAGUGGCAUCCAGCUAACAUGGCCGCCUCCCCCUUUACCCCAAUCUCCGUCCUCGUCCGCAACGGCAACUCCGGUCACGCCUACGCUUCCGCCUCUGCCGACUACAUCGACCGAUCCGCAGUGCCAACACCUUCACCCUCCGCAUCUUCCGGCCCACAACGGGAAUUCGCCCAAAUGUUUCGGCCACCAACGCAUCUUUCAGUGGCCCAUUCCGGCUCUCAAACUUGCCAAUAAAAGCCCCAAAUCGGCCGCUCCUCAUCCGCUGCAACGGAAUAACUCGACGACGCAGCCGGCGGCUCCACCUGCUGCAACGGAUCACCAAGCGACGACGGGCAAACCGUCUUGGAGACCGUCCAAACCGUCGAAUCUUGAAGACGCUCAAGAUUGGUACUGGACGGAAGAAUUCCCGCUGGCUGCUGGACUGGAGCCGGGAACGGGAAACAUGUCGGCCUGGUUUCACGGGGCCAUUUCACGCUGGGAAGCCGAGCGACGUCUGACAAAUCAACCGGCGGGGGCCUUCCUAGCUCGUCUGACGGAGCGUUUGUGGGGUUACGCCAUUUCGGUGCGGAAUCCGUCCGGAAGUGUUUCUCACUUUCUCAUCGAUGCCGGUGAAAAACGAAGCCACAAAAAGUACACAUUACUCGGCUCAACCGAUCCGCCUCACAAAAGUUUACGUGAGUUGAUCCAAUACUACGGCAAACACGCCCUGACGCCCGACGGAUCGGAGAAGUUGCUGUUCCCUUGCCCACAAGAGAGUUCGGUCGCCUUCCCGGCCCCCAUCAACGGCUCCUCGUCGAGUCGACUGAUCAAAUCAACUUGAUGGGCUGCUCCAACAAAAUAUCAUCUUAAUCUCUGCAAAAGCUUAUUCGUGUGUGGUUUUUCUAACACAAAUGCUGGAUCUACUACACUAUACUCUCUAUUUCUCUUAUCUUAUACUCUCCUGCGACUCCCCCCUCCCACCCAAAAAAAAAACACAAAA